GUUCCGAUGGGUUGCAUGUCAGCUUGAUGCCCUAGAGAAUUGUCUAAACGUGUCUAUGCUGCGUCAGGCGCUCUGCUGCCUUCCAAGGUCCUUGGAUGCCAUGUACACAGAGGCGCUUUGUCGAAUCAACAAGGAUUACUCAGGGCUCGUUUCAAUGGUUCUACAAUGGCUCACCUAUUCCACACGACCAUUAAGCAUAGAGGAACUAGCCGAAAUAGCCACGGUAGACCUCGCAUCCACAACUAGAUUUGAUCCCGAUAGACGAUUCCUCGAUCCAAGAGACAUUCUCGGCCUAUGUCCCAGCAUAUUUGUGACAACGACACCUGGGAACCCAGGGCUUGAGACACUCGAAGAUAUCCAGUCAGGACCAGCAAGCCAGUACGCUAUCACGGAGAGUAAAGCCCACGCAUGCAUUGCCAAAGUCUGUCUCGCAUAUCUCCUUCAAUUCGACCGGCCAUAUACCACUAUGCAAGACGUUGUCCAGUCAUCUUUCCUGCUACGAUAUGCGACUAACUACUGGCCGCUGCACGCAAAACGAGCCGGCCUUGAUGCGGACACUCUGUGUCCCAUGAUCAUGGAGCUCUUCAGAUUGGAGCCCGCUUAUCUAAAUUGGACUGCCUUUCUCGACGGAUAUACUCCUUUCAACGGGGAUUGCUUUUCAGAAGAUAAUGAUGACGGCCUCAAUCACCCACCUCACCCCCUCUACUAUGCCUCCUCCUUUGGACUUGGUGAUAUUGCAAGGCAACUGAUCAAUACCAAUGCCCCAAUCGACAGCAAAGGUCUGGCGGGGACCGCUCUCGCGGCGGCAUGUUUGUCAGGACAUCUUGAGACGGUGCGGUUACUUCUGGAUAAUUCAGCUGAUAUUGAUGCCCAAGGAGCUUUAGGUUCGCCUAUUCUUCUUGCUGCUGGCCGUGGGCAUAUGGAGGUCGUUAAACUAUUACUUGAAAGAGGGGCCGACGUUACUCAGCAAAGUGAAGGACAGACAGCGUUAGAGGAGGCAAGAAAGUAUGGACAUGAGGAUGUUGCUCGUCUGCUGAGUUCUAUACAUUGAUUAUUUACGACAAUUGAAUGCCUUUGAAAUAAAAGCUUAAGCGAUUAGCUCAGAUAUUCCAUGGAUCUCUUGUCAAUUCAUGUAGCAUGGCCCGGCUUUUUCAUACUGGGCAUUUCUGUGAAUAUAAUGACAUGACAUAACUGGUUUAUCUCCAUAUCGGGGUGAUGUACUUGCUUUCCCAGAUGGUUUAGUAGAAGUCUCUCCUGAAAAGCGCGCUACGCAAUAGAGGAGUCAGCUGUCCCCAAUAGCUUUCAUAUAUACCUAGUGAGUGGGUUAUGGGAAUGUCCAUUUUACGGUAGAUCAUAUGCCAC